GGAGGGGCGGGGCAGGAAGCAGAAGUGAUGUGAACGGUGGCUUGGGUGAUGAGCUGUGUGGUGAGCCUCCCCGGGGGCUGACACCACCAUUUCAGGAGCCUCUCGUCGGGGAGACAGUGUCUGUGGGGGAGCGUCUCAACACAGGACUCCAGCUUCCCGAAGCCCAGACGCCCCCGUCUCCACAGCUCCAUGGGUGCCUGCGUGCUCCUCCCAGGCCUCCUCCUCCUGCUGCUGCCCCGCCCCGCCCCAGCCCCCUGCCACACGGCCGCCCGCUCCGAGUGCCGCCGCAACCGUCCGUUUGUGCCCGGCUCAAUGCUGGCUGGGGAGGGCGUGGACGUGACCAGUCUCAGGCGCUCGGGCUCCUUCCCGGUGGACACAGAGAGCUUCCUGCGGCCCGACGGCACCUGCACUCUCUGCCACAACGUCCUGAAACAGGGCGCCCUUCAGCGCCUCCCUCUGGCACUGACUGACUGGCGCGCCCAGGGCUCAGGCUGCCAGCGCCAAGUGGUCAGGGCCAAGGCCAGUUCCACCGAGGCCGUGGCCAGGGAAGCAGCCAGCAACAUCCGCAACGACUGGCGGGUGGGGCUGGACGUGUCUCCCAAACCCAGCGCCAACGUGCAUGUGACCGUGGCUGGCUCGCACUCCCACAUGGCCAACUUCGCGGCCCAGAAGACCUUCCACGACCAGUACAGCUUCAGCACUGACUUGGUGGAAUGUCGCUUCUACAGCUCUCACCUGGUACACUCUCCCCCACUCCACCCCAAUUUCCAGAGGGUCGUCAGAGACCUGCCCCCCGACUUCAACACCUCCACCGAGGCCGACUACCUCCGGCUCAUCUCCAACUACGGCACCCACUUCAUCCGGUCCAUGGAGCUGGGCGGCCGGAUCUCGGCCCUCACCGCCCUGCGCACCUGUGAGCUGGCCCUGGACGGGCUCGGGGCCAAAGAGGUGGAGGACUGCCUGGCCGUCGAGGCCCAGGUCAGCAUAAGUGGCCGUGCCGACUCUUCAUCGGAACUCAAGGCCUGUGAGGAGAAGAAGAAGCACCACAAGAUAACCACCUCCUUCCACCAGGCCUAUCGGGAGCGCUUUUCCGAAAUAGUUGGCGGCCACCACACCUCCGUAAGUGACCUGCUGUUUGGGGACCAGGCCGGGCCCGAGCAGUUCUCGGCCUGGGUCGCCUCGCUGCUGGACAGACCCAGCCUGGUGGACUACACCCUGGAGCCUCUGCAUGUGCUCCUGGAGAGCCAGGACCCGCGGCGGGAGGCCCUGCGACAGGCCGUGAGCAAGUACGUGAUGGACAGGGCCCGCUGGAAGGACUGUAGCAGGCCUUGCCCCCUGGGGCAGAAGAAGAGCCCCCACAACCCAUGCCAGUGUGUCUGCCACGGCUCAGCGGUCACCAACCAGGACUGCUGUCCCCGGCAGAGGGGCCUGGCCCACUUGGAGGUCAUGAACUUCCAGGCGUCAGGCCUGUGGGGAGACUCUUUCACUAGGACGGACGCCUACCUGAAGGUCUUCUUUGGAGGCCAGGAGCUGAGAGUGAGCACAGUGUGGAACGAUAACAACCCCAAGUGGAUGACGCGGCUGGACUUCGGGGACGUGAUCCUGUCCACCGGGGGUCCCCUGAGGGUGCAGGUCUGGGACCAAGACCACGGCUGGGACGAUGACCUCCUCGGCACCUGUGACCAGAACCCACGGUCUGGCUUGCACGAGGUGAGGUGUGGCCUGUCCCACGGUCACCUGAGAUUCUCCUACCAUGCCAAGUGCUUGCCUCACCUGAAGGGGGACACCUGCCUGGAGUAUGCCCCCCACGGUCUUCUGGGGGAGCUUCCCGGAAACCGGAGUGGGCCGGUGUGGUGAGAAGAGCCAGCCUCGAGAGGACACGUGGGCCUGGCCUGAAGGGGUUCUCACAGAGGGAGCCAGGACCGAUGCUCAUAUACCCAUUAGAUGGAAAACUGAGGCUUACGUCCGCCCCCCCCCCCCC